AUGGAGAAGGACAGGUUCAUCCCUUACCGGGAGAGGGAUCCAAGCAGUACCACGGACACUGGCGGCUACGAAUCGUAUCGAGCCUCAACAAGAGCGGUUCAGCCGAGUCAAGCCGCGCCAGUGAACGAUACAGGCUGGUGGGCGCGGAUGAAAGCGCGCCAUCCGGUUCUAGCCAGGAAGCGUGGGAAAGCGCUCAUCGUUUUCAUCUUGUGUCUUCCUCUUCUCGGUCUUCUGGGACUGUUGGCCCUUCGGCAUUCGGACAGCCAACAUGGAGGCAGUGCGGCGGGUGGCGGCACAUCCAAUGCCAUCACUGAUGAUACCUACUUCUACGGGCAGUCAGAGCCUGUAUACCCGUCGCCGUCCAUGGCCAGCACAGGCACUUGGAGCGACUCCUACACAAAAGCCGUGACACUUGUACAAAGCAUGACGACUGAAGAAAAGAUCAGCCUGACGACGGGAGCUGGGGCCGGCAACGGAUGUGCUGGAAGCAUUCCUGCAAUCCCGCGCCUCAACUUCACAGGCAUGUGCUUAAUGGACGCCGGGCAAGGACUUCGCGGGACAGAUUUCGUCUCUGGCUGGCCGAGUGGUAUCCAUGUAGGCGCAAGUUGGAAUAAAGAACUUGCAAGACAGCGCGCAAUCGGAAUGGGCGGCGAAUAUAGGACAAAAGGCGUCAACGUCGCCCUGGGGCCCGUAGUUGGCCCGGUAGGAAGAAUCGCGACUGGCGGUAGAAAUUGGGAAGGAUUCUCUACUGAUCCAUAUUUGUGUGGUGCUCUGGCCGCCGAGACUGUAUCUGGUAUACAGUCCGCUGGCGUGAUCACAAGCACCAAGCACUUCAUUGGAAAUGAACAGGAAACCCAUCGAGUGCCGGCCAACGACAUUGAGGCCGUAUCUUCGAAUAUUGACGAUAAGACUAUGCACGAACUCUACCUCUGGCCGUUCCAAGACGUGGUCAAAGCUGGGACGGGGAACAUCAUGUGCAGUUACAACCGCGUCAACAAUUCGUAUGGUUGCGCCAACAGUAAAACACAAAACGGGCUUCUCAAGACAGAACUGGGUUUCCAGGGUUUUGUAGUGUCUGACUGGGGCGCCUUGCACGCAGGUGUUGCUUCUGCCCUUGCUGGGAUGGACAUGGUUCAACCUGACGCAGCUGGGCUUUGGGGAGACAAAUUGCUCGAGUCGGUCCAGAACGGUUCCAUCUCGGAUUCAAGACUUGACGACAUGGUUACUAGAAUCGUGGCUUCCUGGUUUCAAAUGGGCCAAGACCAGGAUUUUCCCCAACCGGGUAUCGGAAUGCCAGCCGAUCUGACAAAGCCGCACACAAUUAUCGAUGCCAGAAAUGCUUCUUUUAAGCAGACUCUGCUUGAUGGGGCUAUCGAGGGCCAUGUGCUCCUCAAGAACACAAACUCAGCUCUUCCGUUGAAAAAGCCCAAAUUGCUUUCCCUCUAUGGGUAUUCUGCCAGAAAUCCUGAUCAAUGGAAUUAUAAUGCGACCGGAGGCGUGUCAGCUUGGAUGUUUGGAGGCGAAUCAGCAUUUCUGGGCCGCUACAUCUCAGGCGCCUUCGAUCUCGAUUCUUUGGGAGAUAUUCCGCAGAUCGCUCCUGACGGCACAAUCAUCAGCGGUGGCGGCAGCGGAGCAGUCACGCCUUCAUAUAUAAGUUCGCCAUACGAUGCUAUCAAUGCUCGAGCGUACGACGAUGGAACGGCUUUGUUCUGGGACCUCUCUAGUCCUGUUCCGUACGUUGAUGCUGCGUCAGAUGCCUGCGUAGUAAUCGUCAAUGCCUUUGCCUCGGAAGGAUAUGAUCGAGCCGGUACACAUGACGAUUACACCGAUGGCCUGAUCAAGCACGUGGCAGAUCGUUGCUACAACACAAUCGUGGUCUUUCACAACGCAGGAAUCCGUCUGGUUGACCAGUUCAUUGACCAUGAGAAUGUUACAGCACUCAUAUUUGCUCACUUGCCUGGCCAGGACUCGGGCCACGCCCUGGUCUCACUGCUCUAUGGGGAGUCGAAUCCAUCAGGAAAGCUUCCGUACACUGUUGCCCACAACGAAUCUGAUUACGAGGAUUUGCUCAAUGCUGAUAAGGCUGAUGGAAUCUUUGCAAAUUUCCCCCAGUCGAAUUUUACAGAAGGCGUUUACAUUGACUAUCGACAUUUCGAUGCCAAGAAUAUUACACCGCGGUAUGAGUUCGGUUUUGGCUUGUCGUACACCAGUUUCAAUUAUACGGGUCUCGAAAUCAAACAAAAUGACACGGCAAACACCGAUGAAUAUCCGACAGGGGACAUUGUUGAGGGUGGCCAGUCGGAUCUCUGGGAUGUCCUAGCCACUGUAUCAGCACAGAUCCUAAACAUAGGCGAUGUUGACGGAGCAGAAGCUGCUCAACUUUAUGUGGGCAUCCCAGGAGCACCAAUCAAGCAACUCCGUGGUUUUGACAAGCCGUUUAUCAAUGCCAGUCAAACAACAACGGUGACUUUUGACUUAACAAGACGCGACUUGAGCGUUUGGGAUGUAGUCGUACAAAAAUGGCUCUUGCAAAACGGGACCUACGACGUUUACGUGGGGCCGAGCAGUCGCAUUCUACCAUUGCAAGGAUCACUCAGCAUCUAG